AUGGUUCUUUCGCCUGACGAAUACAAGAGUGAACUCUUCAUCAACAAUGAAUUCGUCUCCUCCAAGGGGUCCGAGAGAUUAACGCUCACGAACCCGUGGGACGAAUCCACCGUUGCCACUGAUGUUCACGUGGCCAACGCGGCCGAUGUCGACAGUGCAGUAGCCGCUUCGGUGCAGGCGGUCAAAAAGGGCCCAUGGAAGAAGUUCACAGGUGCACAACGCGCGGCGUGCAUGCUUAAGUUCGCGGACCUCGCCGAGAAGAACGCCGAGAAGCUCGCUCGUCUGGAGUCGCUGCCCACCGGUAGACCGGUGUCGAUGAUCACUCAUUUCGACAUUCCAAACAUGGUCUCCGUGUUUCGCUACUAUGCAGGCUGGGCCGACAAGAUCGCCGGAAAGACCUUUCCCGAGGACAACGGCGUGUACAAGAUUGUGCGUUACGAGCCGAUGGGGGUGUGUGCUGGUAUUGCCAGCUGGAACGCGACUUUUCUUUACGUCGGCUGGAAGAUAGCCCCCGCCCUCGCCGCCGGCUGCUCCUUCAUCUUCAAAGCCUCGGAGAAAUCCCCGCUGGGCGUUCUGGCCCUCGCUCCUCUCUUCGCAGAAGCCGGAUUCCCUCCUGGAGUCGUGCAGUUCCUCACUGGAGCACGAGUGACGGGUGAAGCAUUGGCGUCGCACAUGGACAUUGCGAAGAUCAGCUUCACAGGAUCUGUCGGCGGUGGCCGCGCCGUCCAGCAAGCAGCACUCAAGUCCAACAUGAAGCGCGUCACUCUAGAACUCGGCGGGAAAAGCCCAGCCAUCGUCUUCAACGACGCUCCUCUCGAAGCGGCAGUCGGGGGAGUCGGCCAAGGAUUUCUCGUGAAUUCGGGGCAGAUCUGCGUCGCCGCCUCCCGUGUGCUCGUGCAAGAGGACAUUGCGGAGAAAUUCCAGGAGGCCGUCAAGGCUCAAUUCGAGGCUGUCAGAGAUGGCUUGGGCCAGAACCCACUGGAACCCACGACGACGCAUGGUCCCGUCGUCGACAAGUCCCAGUACGACAGAGUCAUGGGGUACAUUGACGUUGGCAAGGAUACCGCGCAGCUCCUCACUGGCGGUGGUAGAAAGGGCGACAAGGGAUUCGCGAUUGAACCGACGAUAUUUGUCAAUCCCAAACCAGGCAGCAAGAUCUGGUCUGAGGAGAUCUUUGGCCCCGUCUUGUCCAUUAAGACGUUCAAGACGGAAGAAGAGGCCAUUGAGAUUGCCAAUGACACGACUUAUGGGCUAGCCUCGGUCAUCUAUACCAAAUCUCUCAACAGGGGUCUCCGUGUCUCGUCGGCGCUCGAGACCGGUGGCGUCUCGAUCAACUUCCCCUUUAUCCCCGAGACACAAACUCCGUUUGGCGGCAUGAAACAAUCGGGCUCAGGCAGAGAGCUAGGCGAAGAAGGGCUCAAGGCGUACUUGGAGCCCAAGACCAUUAAUAUCCAGUAA